ACUGUACCAACGUAAAAGCUGGGGGGAGGCGGGGCUAAAAAGAAAAACACACAGUUUGUCUUCGAUAACGCGUCAACAUUCAGUCUGUACCAGGGAGAAAGUAGGAAAAAACAACACUGGAGGAAACUGAGAGGAGGAAGGCACGGCGGGAAAUAAAGGAGGUGGAGGUAAAAGUGAAAUAGCAGGAGAUUAAAGGAAAGACUGUGGAACAAGUUGGAAAGAGUAAGACGACAUUGCGCAAGUGGAGAGCGAGACUUGCCACAUAUUUUCCCCUGCUUUUCUGUUUUUUGUGCCCAGUCUGCAGAUUAAAAGGAGGUGACACAAUGACAACGGAAAUGCAGGAGAUUGCCAUGACUGAGGACAAGCCUUUACUCAGGGGUCAGAGUGACAUAAGCAAGGAUGCUGCCGAACUGGCUGCAAGGAUACUCCUGGACCAAGGACAGGAGCACAAUAUUGAGACCCCAAACGGUGUUCUGCACGUGAUCAUCCAUGGCUCACGAACCACCCGUAGGCCUGCUAUCCUCACCUUACAUGAUGUGGGAAUGGAGAGUAAGAGCUGCUUCUCCACUCUGUUUAGGUUCGAGGAAAUGGAGGAGAUUGUCAAGCAUUUCACCGUCAUUCAUAUUGAUGCUCCUGGACAAGAGGAGGGGGCUGCUCCCUACCCUGCAACUUACCAGUAUCCAUCCAUGGAGACCAUUGCAGAGAUGAUCCCUGCCGUCCUGCAGUAUUUCAACUUCCGAAGUAUAAUCGGAGUGGGUGUGGGAGCAGGAGCGUACAUCCUUUCCAAGUUCACACUUGUGCAUCCAAAUUUAGUGGAGGGACUGGUUCUGAUCAACAUCGACGGUAACGCCCGUGGAUGGUUAGACUGGGCCGCUCAUAAGCUGACCUCUGUGACAACCUCCCUCACAGAGCAGCUCCUGGCCCACCUGUUCAGUCAGGAGGAGCUGUCAUCAAACACAGAGAUAGUGCAGUCUCACAGAGAGCGUAUCUCCCAGGCUUCUAAUAUUUACAACAUGGAGCUUCUCUGGAAGACUUACCUAGGUCGCAGAGACUUGAACGUUGACCGCAACAACUCUUUCAAGUGCCCAGUAAUGUUGGUGGUGGGUGAUCAAGCUCCACAUGAAGAAGCUGCAGUGGAGUGCAACAGCAAACUGGACCCAACGACAACCUCGUUCCUAAAGAUGGCUGAUGCUGGCGGUCUCCCUCAGCUGACUCAGCCUGCUAAACUGACUGAGGCUUUCAAGUAUUUUGUCCAGGGCAUGGGUUACAUGGCUUCAUCUUGCAUGACCCGCCUGUCCCGUUCCCGUACCGCUUCUCUCUCCUCCACCUACUCCAUCGAUGGGUCCCGCUCUCGUUCCCGCACCCUGUCCCAGGGCUCGCAGGGUGGCCAGAUGCCACCGAGCCCCUCCCAAACAAUGGAGGUGUCUUGCUGAAGAUGAAAGAAGAGGCGCGUGAGAGAGUGAGAGUAGUGAAAGGAAAGGAAGGGAAAGCGAGAUGAAUGGGUUACUUAUUUGUCACUAAACAACUCCCAUCAUUCCCCACAA